AUGUUGCCUACGGCCGGCUUGUUCCUUCCGGAAACACUACACCGGGCUGAUCUCCCCACUCCACCGCCUACAGAAACCGAGGGGACAAGGCUGAAGUACUUCCAACGCAAAAUCGGGCGGCCGAAGCUAGAGCCCAGUAGCUCUGAAGAGCGCCGACCAUCAAGUGCCAUUCCUAGAGAAACGCCAGAUGAUCUUUCGAACGACUUUCCAGCAAUCCCGACUACUUACUACUUCGCCGACUAUGUUCUUUCUUCCGAGAAAGCUUCAUCAGACACUGUUGCCUUCGUGAGUAUCAUCCAACAAGUACGGCAAGACAUCGACGAGGCAACGCGCCUUUAUCUCUCAUCUGCGGUUUCAAACUUCCUGGAUGCCUACCCGAGCAAACGAAGAUGGAUCGAGGGUUCUUUGCUCGAAGUGCGGCGUGCUCUCAAUGAUAUCGGCAUGGACAUGAAUACAGCAUGGGGCCAUGAUGGAGACGGCGGCACAGUUGCAUCGAAGCGCAAGCUUGAGUGGGGUCUGAAGAACCAGAAGAGGCUUCUGAAAAAGAAGCAACAACUAGAUCAAUGUCAUACCCAGUUGACAGGCGCUAUAUAUGUUAUGCAGACGGCGGAGCUGUGCGGUAAACCUGGAGCUAUCGCGGAAGAACCCAUCUUCGAGGCUCCCGUGCGACCAUGGGUGCCUCACGACGAGAAAGAUGCGCUACGUGGACCCUAUUCAAGGCAAAAGUACCGGACGAGUCACACGAACCUGUCUGCAUCAAACGUCAACCUAGCAUCUGAAGUUGAGAAACACGACAUUGAGACCAGUAGUGUCAACUCGGUACCAGUGGAGUUGGCGGGUAGCAUGCCGGCUGACUUAGACUUGGUGGAGAGUCAGAACUCGCAGAUCUUCCUAAGUCCCCAAGUAUCCCGCGAGCUCCAUGCCGAAAGCCCAGCUUUACACAGACGGCCGCGAGCACGUACAGAUUACUCCCGGCCGUCUACACCUCGAGAGUUAAGAUCUCGUACCUCCGUCGAUGUUGCUACCACUUCUGCGAAAGUUGCGGAUACAACAAUUGAGCGCAACGAUUCUACUCUAUCUACACAAGCUACGGUUAGCGUGCCCAUGGUAGCAAGGCGAUACCGAGCAACAUCGAUCGAUAUCCAAAGACACACCGAGAAGCACAGCUCUUUGCCGUCAGAGCUUCCGCAUCUAAAGAGCCAACCGUCACUCAUUGAUGAUCUGGCGGGUUAUGUGCUACCCAGCGCAGCAAGCGAGAGACUGCCGAGUAGAGAAUGGGCGACUUCGCCUACACUGUCGGUGCCAUCGAUUUCAUUGACUUCAAGCCCGACAACCGGUCACGCAUUACCUAUAGUUCCCGAAACGACACCGGUAGCGGAUGCAGUAACAAACAGUCUGGCAACCCUAGCGACCGAGGUUGCUGGGGCUCAGCUCCUAUUAGGGCAGCUGAUUCCAAGCAACGCAAGACCUGUACGGCCUCCUCAGCAUGAUGACAGAGACAUAAACGCGCCUUCGGCGUAUAUGGACGUUCCUAAUUCGCGAGGAACCAGCUCAGAUUCUGCCGAGCGUACGACGUCACCUUUGUCUUAUUACGCAACAUCAAUACUCACGCUGCAUUCACCCAGCUCUCUCGUUAAUGUUACAGUAUUUACCGACGACGAGCCAAUCCGUCGACCGAGUAGUCAGCGACCGUCGCAGCGCAUGUCAAAGAGGAUGUCGCAAACAUCAAGUAACAGAUCAUACAACGCAGCACCAUCGCCCACCAUUGCCACCGUUGCGAAAACCUCGACCACAUCUGCCAAAUCGGAAGGAUUGAACCAUCAAAAUGUUCUAUCAUCUACUGUUGAGCCUCUGCCCUCGCCUCGAAUUAUCACCGAAGAGGCUUCUCAACCUAUACUUGCCAAUCCAACCGAAACACCGGAACAGCUAGAUGACGACGAUAUUGUGCUCUCCGUCCUUCAGCAGAGAUUGAUAAGCCACAAACCCGUCAAAACGAUGGCGGAAGACUUGUUGCGACAAGCCUCAGCUGCUGAAGCGCCGUACCAAACGGCCAAUACAGAACAGCCAAUACUUUCACCAUCCAUAUCGCAGGAACAGUUGAGUUCGAUUUCUCGGCCAGAAUUGCAGGUGAAGGUCGCGCCUAGUACUCCCUCUGUUUCGACGCAGGUAGAAGCUUCUCCAGUGCCGUCCAAUGCAAGUCAGAAUGGGGACGGAGAGAAGAAGCCAGUGUCAGCACAAGAUAGGCGACGAGCUGCGCACGCACGAAGGAUGCAGCUCGCGUUUGGUGAUGGACCGGCGGCUUAG